GUGUAGUGUAGGGUAGCUUCAUAAAGUACAUGAGUUAGUCUUGCAAAUAAACUGGUUGAGUGAACAGCGUAUUUUAUUUACUACAGUGGCGAACGAGGAUUAAAAAUAUCAAAAAUGGCCGGCAAGUUAAACGAGUUUGAUAUUAGUUCGGGAAAUUGGCGAAAUUACUGCGAAAGAAUUGAAAUGUACUUUGUAGUUAAUGACGUGAAGGAGGUUUUAAAAGUGCCGACAUUAAUCGCGUGUGUGGGUGAAGCGACUUACGAGCUAAUGGUGAACUUGUGCAGCCCGAAUAAACCGAAAGAUAAGAGUUUUAGUGAAUUAAUUAAACUCGUCGGUGAUCACCUGCAACCUAAACCUUCAAUUUUAGCCGAACGAUUUAGGUUUAGGCAGUGUCGGCAGGCGUGUGACGUAACAGUGUCAUCGUAUGUGGCGGUUUUAAAGAAAAUGGCGAUGAAUUGUGAUUUCGGUACCACUUUAGACGAUAAUCUACGGGAUCAAUUCGUGUGCGGGAUAAAUAGUGACACUAUACGGCAACGGUUAUUUGCGGAAGACGGUAUAAGUUUUUCGAAAGCAGUGCAGCUAGCGAACACAAUAGAGGCGGCCAACAGAGAUGCGCACGCGGUCGAGGCGGCGCAACGGCCAUCGGCUGACGUGCACCGGGUGCAGGCGGCGGGGUGUGCAGCCUGCGGAGACACGCGCCAUCGCUGGGCCGAGUGUCGGUUCCGCUUGUUCGAGUGCAGCAAGUGUCGGAGGACCGGCCACCUGAGGAGAAUGUGUCCCGACGAGGCAGCCGCGGGCGCGAGCAUGGCGCGGGGCGGCAGCGCAAGACAGCCGGAGCCGGCACAGCCACCGGCGGCAGGCGGCAGCAGGGGCGGGUGGCGCGGCCGCGGCUCCUGGCGAGGCCCGCGGGGCGGCGGCGGCGCGGGGCGGCGGCGCGGGGGGCGCUGGCACCAGCCCACCCACCACCUGCGGGACGAGGACCCGGCGGCGGCGGAGGACCGCGCCCAGGACGGGGAGCAAGAGGACGACGAACCCGUGUAUCAAAUGUCACUGAGGAACUAUCAGCCGAUAUAAUGAAUUAUUCGAAGGGGGACUAGGGCGUUUCACGGGCGGGGCGGCGCACUUGGUGGUGAAGGCGGGCGCGACGCCGGUGUUCUGCCGCGCGCGGCCGCUGCCGUACGCGCUGCGGGCGCGCGUGGACGCCGAGCU